UUUAGGUGACGUAUGUCAGGAUGAGUAAUAACACGGCUCUUGAAAGAGCGACCGACCUGGUGACAAGGGCCACCAAGGAGGACGAAAACAAGAACUACGCCGAAGCCCUGCGCCUCUACGAGCAUGCGGUGGAGUACUUUCUUCAUGCUAUCAGGUACGAAGCACAGACGGCUCGGGCGAAAGAAAGUAUCAGAUCCAAGUGUGUCCAGUACUUGGACAGGGCUGAGAAGCUUAAAGAUUACCUGCGCCACAAAACCAAGAAGAAUCCCGUGAAACAGGGCGAAAAUAGCGGCAAGAAGGAAGACGACAGUUCGGAUAGCGACGAUGAGAAACCGGAGAAGAAAAAACUGAUGAGUCAAUUUGAAGGAGCCAUCGUCAAGGAAAAGCCGAACGUUAAAUGGUCCGACGUCGCUGGUCUGCACGCGGCCAAGGAAGCCCUGAAGGAGGCUGUCAUAUUGCCCAUCAAGUUCCCCCACUUGUUCACGGGUAAACGCAAACCGUGGAGGGGCAUCCUGCUUUUCGGACCCCCCGGUACGGGAAAGUCUUAUCUAGCCAAGGCGGUGGCCACCGAAGCAAACGACUCGACGUUUUUCUCGGUUUCAUCCUCUCACCUGGUCUCGAAGUGGCUCGGCGAAAGCGAAAAGUUGGUGCGCAAUCUCUUCGAAAUGGCACGCAACCAGAAGCCGAGCAUCAUCUUCAUCGACGAGAUAGACUCCCUCUGCAGUACCCGGUCCGACAACGAGAAUGACGCCACUCGGCGUAUCAAGACGGAAUUUCUGGUGCAGAUGCAGGGUGUCGGCAACGACAGCGAGGGCAUUCUCGUGCUGGGAGCCACCAACAUCCCGUGGGUUCUUGAUUCGGCCAUUCGGAGGCGCUUUGAGAAGCGUAUCUACAUUCCUCUGCCGGAUGAGCCUGCCAGAUUGCAAAUGUUUAAGCUGCACAUUGGUAACACGCCUCAUACCUUGUCACAAGACAACUUCAAGCAACUGGCCAAACGCAGUGAUGGUUUCAGCGGAGCAGACAUCUCGGUACUCGUGCGCGACGCCCUGAUGCAACCUGUGCGUAAGGUACAGACGGCAACCCACUUUAGGAAAGUACAAGGGCCAUCACGCAGGGACCCAAACGUCAUCGUGGACGACCUUUUGACACCCUGCUCUCCUGGCAGCACCGGCGCCAUCGAAAUGUCGUGGAUGGACGUGCCGGGAGAGAAGCUGCUUGAGCCAACGGUCACCAUGAGAGACAUCCUGCUGUCUCUUUCAACUGCCAAGCCGACUGUCAAGGAUGACGACCUUCGGAAGUUGAAGAAGUUCAUGGAUGACUUUGGGGAGGAAGGCUAACGCAAACACCAGCGU